AUGUCGAUUGAUUCCGAGACUGUGGCUUCUCGUUCGCAGUCUGCCUCUAUCGCCAUCACGCCCACGCCAAGCCACGCCGCGUCAACUUCCAGCACGGGGUCAUCAUCUGCCUUUUCGCCGCGAAAUCUGCCAGAGCCUCAAGAUGCGAUAUUUCAAAGAUUCAUGAAAAAUGGCCUCAACCGGCUUUACUCCACGGAAGCGAAUUCAUGGAUCAAGCCAUUCUUUGAGGACAUGGCUCAGCAGAGCCCGGCGGUAGUUAUCAUCGCGGGGGCGAUACAGGGUUACCUGGACGAUGGUGACCAGGGCAUAUCGGUCAAGUCAAUGGAGUAUAUCGACUUGGCUCUACAGACGUUCCGACAGGAGCUUUCCGAUCGGUAUGCUAAGAUGCAUGUUGCCACUAUAUGCGCUGGGUUACUCGUCUGUUCACUGUGUCUGCUCCAGACUCAGCCAUGGACAAUGUACCUGGAGCUAAUGGUUGAGGUCUACGAUCUCAAGACAAAAUUAAACAAACCAGGCCAAAUACCCAUCAACGAAUUGUACACACAGCACGUCAUGGAAGUAUUAGGCGUGAUGGAUCUUCCCUCCAUGGUCAUCGGCCGCAUCAACCAACCCAUAGGAGUCUGGAAGCUUCUGCGCGGUCUCCAAGAUGAUCUUCCCCAAGGUCGGGCAACUGGUAUCGAAGUCGUAUCCGGCCUCCCUCGGCCAUUGCUCGACAUCUUCGCCGGAAUGGUCGACAACGAUCCCGAAUACACCGAAAAGCGAUUCUGGACGUGGCCCGGGCAGGUAGGCGAGUCCCUUCAAUGCCACUACUGGGAAUGCUGGAGGCUAUCAGGGAUUCUCGAGGUCCGGCGUCGACAAAGAAUGGCCAAAAAGGCAAGAGGUAUCCCAGGUUAUAAUGAAGAUCCAGCCAAGACAACACCCGAAACGGAAAUCGUCCUCUGCCGUCUCAUCUCAUCAAUAGACGCUCUACAGAAGGCCUACGAGGAACCUCGCAAUCAAAAUUUGCUAGUGCACAACGGGCUGCCAUACCCAGUGAUAAACGCCGGUCUGGAGGUGCCCCUACUUAAGAUGCAUCCAACCUGGAAGAGAACCCUUGACGAAGUAAAGGCUUCCUUUCUAGAGGAUUCGUUUGAUCUUAUAAAUAUCAUGUUUGCGUUACUCGGUGAAGCGUGGGAGGACGGGACGUCAACGUUUGAUAUUGAGGCCGCGGCGCGGCUGAGGAACGUUGAACUUGCCAUUUUUUGA